AUGGCCUGCGAACCCCAGAGCUGGCAUUCUCUCCCUCCCUACCAGAGUCCCGACGCCGACGGCUUCGACAAGAAGCUCCGAGGCGCAUGCCAUUGCGGGACCAUCGUCUACUGGCUUAGCCGCGACAAGCCCCUCGCUUCCAAGUUCUGCCACUGCCAAGACUGCAGGACCCUUCACGGCGCCCCUUUUCAAUGGGCCGCCAUUUUCCACAAGUCGGACAUGGCCUUUGAGACGGGCACUCGUGGCCUGCGCUUCUACAACUCGGCCACCCGCCGUGCCGAGCACGCUCUGCCGUGCAAGGUCACCUGUGCCAACUGCGGCACUCUCAUCAUGGACGAGGGCAGGAACAUGGUGCUGCUCUUCCCGACCUUGCUGGCCUUGAGUACCCAAGAGCAGCGGCAGAACUUUCAAGUCCAGUGUCAUCUCUUUUAUCCGCAGCGCGUCGUCGAUAUCCCAGACAGCCUACCCAAGUGGGAGGGUCUGGAUCACCAGUCGCGCCUCCUGCCACAAGACUCAGGUGCCGGACGAGUCUUCAGCUAA